AUGCGAACUCGAUCGCAGCAAGCAUCGCCUGGCGGCUUUUUGUCCCUCGAUGACAGUGCUCCUCGUCGGACAAGGUCUACUAGAAACACCUCGCAACCAACUGCGCAACCUUCAGCCUCUACCGAAACCACAACUCAACCAAAAAGUCAAGGCACGACCAAAAAGACCGCCAGAGUCGCAAAGACACAGACGAGAAAAGCCCCUCAGCGAGCGACAAGAAAGUCAACUCGCAAGACGGAGAAUCAAACCGCCGACGGUAGUCAAUAUGAAUCCCAUAACAAUGAAGAACGCGCCGAGACCGCGCCCCUGGACGACAAAGAAAACCUCACAAACGAGUCCCAGGACCCAGAUUCUGUUACACUGGCAGAUAGUACAGUUCUUUCUGAGCCGAAAAGCUCUUCCCUUACGCAGCGGGGGGCGCUUUGGGGAGAGCCCUGCACCUCUGAGCCAGCUGUAGAAGCACUUGCAGAGUCUAUCUACGGCGAACCUUACGGCAUGGGAGUGGUGGCCCCCAAGAGGAUGUCGCCGAGAAAUCGGCGGCCCUCUUGGUCGUACCAGGAAAGCGUUGACCGGUCCUACGAGAAACCCAAGCUGACCGACACAGUUAAUAGGAAGAGGGCCCACGAGGAGACGAGCGACGAAGAUCGGACAGCCCCCGUGACUCCUGCGGCAAACAAGCGCCGGAAUCUGGGACCGCCAGGAAGUACCCCCUUUGCCAACCGGCGUACCCCCCUUUCGCGCCGGAUCCAGACCAGGGCGGCCCCCUUCUCCGCAAGGCUUGCUCGUCGAGAAGCCGAAAAGCAUGGCCGGAUUGAAUCGACACUCUUCCGCCUUCCCGACUAUCUUCGUCAGCUAGAGGCCGACCGCCAGAAGGCUGAAAAAGCCCCUUCAAGUCCGAGCCCACAGCUUCCACAAACAACAUUUGACUUUACGAUGGAACCGAGCUUACCAACUAAUCAAAGCUCAGCAGAUGAGUCGUCUGUGCUUCAAGAACCAUCGACGCCAGGGAGAAACACUCCAGAAACUCCCCAGCGUGGAUGGAAUCUACGUGGACUGCUCAGCUCUGUACCUCGUUCCUUCUCGCGAUUACUGCCAUUUGGUCGGCCUUCUGAAAGCUCGCAAGAUCAAUCGACAUUCGAACCAUCGUCAGAACGUAUUACUCGCACAAGGUCUCUUGACCCUGAAUCAGCUGGUCCUCAAACCGAAGGACGAUCUCGCUGGCGUUUGAGUGAAGGGCCCUCGCAGCCUCCGAAGAAGCGUGCCCGUAACUUAUCUUACUCACUUUUCCCGGCUCCCAUUGACAGAUCCCUUUACCUUGGUGACAUACCUAAGCCCUCCACGGUGCGCCCAGAGGCGGCUGCCCCGGAAUCGCACCGCACUGAACAGGCGCAGGUGCAGAAGCCUGAGCGUCAGCAGACUGCAGCAUCAAGUGCCCAAGCUGAAGAACGGGAGACGUCUCAAGCGUCUAGCGAUGCGGAGCAAAGGAAGCGCAAGCGGUCGCCAUCGCCCGAUGUGAUUCCCAACCCAGCCGGAUCUAGCUAUGGAUUGGACUUGGAUUAUUUCUGUUAUAGCUCUGAAAGUGAAGAUGAGGUGACAGAAACUCCAUCUAAGCAGAGCGAACGCAAGAAAGUCGAUGGCCUAGCAAAGUCUGUGGCCCGCAGUGCCCUCCGUACAGACAGACAGUCAUCCAAAAAGGUGCGUUUUGAUGCAAGCCCAGAAGACACUCCUUCUAAGCUUCGCUCGCGUGCUCGCUCCACUGAUCCCUAUCGCGGAACACACUUCGUUGGGAUGGGUAAUGAUUCACCAACACCAUCUGCUCGCACUGAGCAACCUUCUCCGCGGCAUCCUGGGUUCGUCCCCAACACCCAAGGUACUUUUCAGCUCGACUAUGACGCGGUCUUAGAUGACUCGGAGACUACUGGUCUGUCCUCGUCAACAAAUGUUACCGCCUCUAGCCCCUCCCAGGCCGUACGGGAAGAAGACGGGCGUGCUUCUGCACAGCAUGAAGGCCAUGAUGCUCAAUCUCCUGCAUCUCGCCAUACCUCUAGGGCUCAUCCAUCAACCCCAGGUAAAGUGGACGAGGAAGCUCUUGCAAGAGUGCGGUCCCAAGCAGAGAAAUACAAGCCGAAGACUCCUAGUGGUCUCCGUACUGCAAGCCGAUAUGCUAGUCCAUUGACCGCCACGCCCGAUACUGUUGCCUCCGACCACACAACUAAGAAAUCCGACUUGAUUGCAAAGCCUGGUAAAGUCGACGAACCCGAAAACUUUGGUGAUGAUGAAUUCGCUCGUGAUGCGGAAUGGCUUUAUCAGAAUUGUCCUUCUGGGGACCUCAGUCAACUUAAGUGGCCGGCCAGGCAAAGCUAUGAAGAGAGCCUCGGUGUCAGUUCUACCUCCAUGAAACUCCUUGCUACGAUUUGGGACGACUCCGAGAUUGAACCAGCGUACCUUGCUUUUCGUCAGAGUUUUGAGGAGUUCAAAAAGACUUUGAAAUGA